AUGCUGAUGACACAGACCGCAGUGCCGGCACUAGUUCAGGGUCAGAAGAGCAACGCCUACAGUUCUCGAAAACAGCCCUCGCGCGAAAACAUCAACCUCGAAUCCAACAAUUACUACAACUCGCAACCGGUGUUGGAUCAAUCCAACGUCGAGUCAUACUCGUCCUAUUCCCAGACCAUCGCUGCCGCCUCUUCCUCCCUCAUGAACGGCAUUGCGGGGACCGCCCCGCCGGGCACCAUGUACGUCCGAGCCCUGUACGACUACGAGGCCGACGACCGUACAAGUUUGAGUUUCCACGAAGGAGAUGUCAUCCAGGUCAUCACUCAGCUGGAAAGCGGUUGGUGGGACGGCGUUAUCAACGGCGUGCGCGGCUGGUUUCCAAGCAACUAUUGUCAAAUCAUCACUAGUCCCGACGAUAUCCCCGAACAUGACCAUCACGGCGAGCUCGAUCACGUCGACGACGACGUCGUCGACCAGGAAGUCUACGACGACCAGCUCGAAGAGGAUGACGAGUCGGAGCUCGACGAUCUCAGCAACGCCCUGCCGCUCGAGGGCACCGAUCUCAGCGACAAAUCGCGGGCCGACUUCUGGAUUCCUCAAGCAACUCCUGACGGCCGUCUAUUCUACUACAACAUGAUGACGGGAGAUCGCAGCAUGGAAUUGCCAUUGGAGUCUCCCGUAUCGACCAACGAGUCCGGCCCGCGUAACAGGAUGAACGUGAACGUCCCAGAAAAAACACGGCCCCCUCCCGAGAUGAUGGCCAGGGGGCUGACACAGGACGAAGACGAGGAUUCGGAAGCGAACUCCGCAUCCGAGUUGGAAGGAGAGUCCCUCAUGCUCGCCUCGAGAGGAUCUUUGCCCCGUAACCGCCGGUCCAAGAACGAUAUGCUGUCACCGUCUACUUCAAUGGAUUCCAUGAACGGUAUCGCGCAGAUCACCAGGGGAGAGAACAAGUACGUCAACCCGAACUUGGCACCCAGCACGACUCCGAUGAUCGCAUCCGCAACGUCAUUUACAAGCACGUCCUACAAUACGCCGCCGACCAGCACCGUGCCUCGAUCAUUCUUCGACGAUGGCUCAGCGCCGCCAUUGACAUGGACCCGUCUAGUAUCCAACAUGCGCCGGGCUGUGGAUCGGUACCGUGACGCUAUCACCAGCAACAACCGCUCUGAGUACGUAGCACGAGCGGAGGACAUCUCGGACCAUCUGCGACUGCUGCUAGCGGCCGGAUCUGGCACGACCGACAACCACUCUGGCCAGCCUUCCAUCAUUUCAACCAACAAGGCUCUUUACCCUCAUUUCAGAGAUAUGAUGUCCAAAUUCUCAAAACUCGUAAUUUCGUCCCACAUCGCUGCCGCCGACUGGCCCAACGCGGAAUCAGUACAGAAAUGUUUGCAAGAGGCGGACGGUGUUUUGCUCGGUGUGUUCAGCUAUGUUGAGAUCGCACGCCAACAGCGUGGGGAAGAAAUACCCCGUCUGUUCCCUGGAUUCGUCAUCGGCAGCUCAACGGGUGGGAGCUGGCAGAAUAACGGCCUAGGUGCUCGUGAUCCAAUUACGGCCAACUUCCUGGAGGACGAAGAAGGCGUCGUCGAACCAACAGCACUCUUGGACGGCAAAUUGCUCGAAAGGCUAGAUGAGCUGAAGAGAAUGCUUGUAUUCAGCAUCCGGGAGUUGGACAAGAAUCUGCUCGUCGCCGACAAGACCAUGACUCCUUUUAAACAUGAAGUCAUUGGCAACAAUGUUUGCUCGGCUGGUGGAAAGGUCCUGGAAACCUUCAAGCCGUGGAUUGCGUUGAUCGAAUCCAUCGACUUGGCUUCACUAGGGAACAGCUUCCAAACCCCGCAGCUGGCAGACUUCAGCGCCAACAAGCAGAGUUUGUAUGACAACAUGUCCGAUCUCAUCUUGGGUUGCCAGGCCGUGGCCGGUCCGCUGGCAGACGAAUGGGCAGAAGUACGAGGCGAAGCUUUGGAGAAUCGUCUGGACUACGUUCGCCAAUGCGCAAAGGCGCUUGAGACGAACUCGUCACAUAUUGGAUUCUCGCUGCAACUGCUCUCCGAGCAAGUUCAAAUUAACAUGCAGCAGCAGCCCGAGAUGAGGUUGAGAGAUGAUCAUCUUCAGCGCGAACAGCUCCGGAGAAACGACAGCAUGCCUUACGACAGACCUCAUCAGCGCACAGAGUCACGUAUAAUCCCAACUCGACCCCCCAUGAUCACUUCUCAGUCUUUCACCGAAGGUGACGGUACUGGCAACUUCCGUGGAGGUGACUACUCCAAGGUCAAGAAAAUCUUGGGCGACGAUCCGAAUCCCCAGAGUAACCUGCCCCCGGUCGACGAUACCCCAGAGUUCCUCAAAUUGGAUCACGAGCCCGACCUCUCUUGGGAUAAUAAACUGCAACCGCCCGUUGUUAAAGGUGGUACCUUGGAGGCUCUGGUCGAGCAACUGACGCGACAUGACAAAUUGGACUCGAAUUUCAACAACACCUUCCUCCUGACUUACAGGUCAUUCACCACCGCCCAGGAUCUCUUCAAGCUUCUCGUGAAUCGCUUCGGAAUUCAACCUCCCGAAGGUCUGUCUCAAUCUGACUUUGAGGCAUGGCGAGACAGAAAACAGAAACUCAUUCGCUUCCGCGUCGUGAAUAUUUUGAAGAGUUGGUUCGAUAACUUUUGGAUGGAGGACCACAACGAGGAAUCGAAGCAACUCAUCCGAGACGUUUACACUUUCGCCAGAGACACGGUGAAGUCUACUGAAACCCCGGGUUCCGGGCCUCUCAUGACGGUCCUGGAUCAACGUCUGAGCGGCAAGGAAGCUGGAGCUCGACGCAUGGUUCAAACACUCAAUCAGAACACGCCGUCGCCCAUCAUGCCCAAGAACAUGAAGAAGCUGAAGUUCCUCGAUAUCGACGUCACCGAAUUUGCGCGCCAGCUCACCAUUAUUGAGUCCCGACUCUACGGCAAGAUUAAGCCGACGGAAUGUCUCAACAAGACUUGGCAGAAGAAGGUCGCCGAAGGAGAGCCAGAGCCCGCACCAAAUGUCAAGGCCCUUAUUUUGCAUUCGAACCAAAUGACGAACUGGGUUGCGGAGAUGAUUUUGGCACAGAUGGAUGUCAAGAAGCGUGUUAUUGUCAUCAAGCACUUCGUGGCUGUGGCAGAUAAAUGCCGAAGUCUGAAUAACUUUUCUACGCUAACCUCGAUCAUCUCGGCACUUGGAACGGCUCCAAUUGCCCGUCUCAAGCGAACUUGGGACCAAGUGCCCCAAAGAACCCAGGGCGUCUUGGAAACCAUGAGAAAACUAAUGGCUAGCACCAAGAACUUUGGCGAGUACAGAGAGGCACUUCACGUGGCGAAUCCGCCGUGCAUCCCUUUCUUCGGUGUUUAUCUGACCGAUCUUACCUUCAUCGAGGACGGAAUUCCGUCAGUCAUCAAGAAAACUAAUCUCAUCAACUUUGCCAAGAGGGCGAAAACAGCAGAAGUAAUUCGUGACAUCCAACAGUAUCAGGCUGUUGGCUAUUCGCUGCAGCCUGUGCCAGAACUGCAAGACUACAUAGUCAGCAACAUGCAGGCCGCUGGAGACGUACAUGAAAUGUACGAUAAGAGCUUACAGGUGGAACCACGUGAGCGAGAAGAUGAAAAAAUCGUGAGACCAGUCCACCAACGGGUUCAGCUGCAGCAAAGCCCUCUCAGUGCUCAGGUUGGCAUGAUCACUGCUGCGCGUAGGGAUUCUUUGCACUACCAAGUUAUGCCCUGCGAGCCGGCCCGCUACGUCCGCGAUGGGUGA